UAUUCUGAACGAAAAGCGACGAUCUGUUGUUUAUAAAUAAAAAUUUAGUUAACUUAAAAACAUAAGUUCAUAGAAUUACUACACAAUCUUUGGUACUCCACUAAAAUGUGUGUGUCCUCCUAUUCGAAAAAUCAUCGAUGGUUUCGGCUGCAACUGUAAUAUCUCUGUUAUUGGUUGUGGUAUCAAUGGUUUCCUAGCGAUGCUUAGCGAGGAUCAGGGGUCGUCGGAGGAACCAGAUGGACCCUGCGCAGUCUGGAAAUACCGCUGUAGCGUCGCCAGAUGUCCUUACAGGACAAACAGGCCCUACAACCUGUGGCGUCACGAGGAGUCACACUCGAAUCCAAUAGAAUCUAAGCUGUACGGUUGUCCAGUUUGUGUCUACAGCACCGACAAGGUAUCCAACCUGAAGCGCCAUAUGUCCUCCAAGCAUCCAGGGGCCAAGGAUCGGCUGCCGGAGACCCCGCCUCUCGAUCGCACUGCCAAGAUACAGUGCCAGGUGAUGGGCUGCAGGUAUGAAACGAAUCGACCAUAUGACCUCAAGCGCCACAUAAUGGUGCACAACAACCCGGAGAAGAGCCACAGGACCUACAAGUGCUCAUUAUGCACCUACAGCUCCGAUAGGAAGGCCAAUCUCAAGCGGCACCACGAACUGCGGCACUCUGGCAUCGAGGAAGCCAUUCAAACCGCGGAGGAGUUGCGUCAGGAGUUGCUAAUGGAGGAACAGAUGCUGAAGGAGCAGAAGCUAAAGGAUCAGCUGCUAGAGAAGCAAAAUCUGAAGGAUCGCAAGCUAAAGGAACAGGAGCAGAACGAGCAAAAGGUUGAGGAUCAGAUUGUAGAGAUUCAGAUCAUGGAGGACCACCUAGAGUGCAAGGACAUCCAGCUGCGGUCAAAGGUCAAGGUCCCUCCGGCGUUGCCCAAAUCAAAAGAGAACCUGUUCAGCAGUUUAAUGGAGGACCUCGUCGGCGAAGAGCAGACGGAGGACUAUGUCUACGAACCAGUGCAGAAGGAGCAGCCGCCACUAAUUACCAUAUCCACUUGCAAACCGCAGAUAUUCCAGGGAGACAUUAACAAUAAACAAGUUAUUGCUGUCAACGUUAAUGGCCAGCUUCGGUGGUUUCAAUCAAUAGAUCCGCCGCCAGGAGCUCCUACAAAUCUGGAAUUGGCCGUAGAUAAGCAUGCACAGCAAGAAGUUAUCGCCCAGCAGCAAAUGGACGAGUUGGAUGAUGAGUUGGCCCUAUCCUUAGCCGAACAGGAUCAGCAGGAGGAAUUUCUUGUUGAAAUGCUCACCGAGGAAAAACAAUCCCCAGCGGAGAAACCAGAUAUGAAGGGUUUGACUUGGAGUUGGAGUACGCCGCAUGGCGUUCAUCAUAUUUCUACUGCAAAGUUAGAAGACCAGGAGUUUGUUAAGGAGUCUAAAACUGACGAUACGGAUGCUGACUUCCCCGAUUGGUGGGACGAUGGAAAAUACACAAAGAUGAAUAAAAACGAAAUCUUUAGGAAUCAACCUCGAAAACCUACACAGGCAAAUGUGCAGCGCAUCCUUCGCAUUAUUUAUGAUGUUUAUUACAAACCCUUUAAAGAAGACCGCAAGCAGUUCGAGACCUUUCAAAUUAAGGAUUCGUGGUUGUGCGCCACUCGCAUGACUCGCAUGCAGAUAAUUAAGGACAUGUACUCUAAGCAGGGCACAUAAAGUCCAAAAAAUUGUAAUCUUUGAACUACUUCGUAGGUUUUUGAGAACGGAAAUAUUGUUAGCUUUUUUAAUAUUGUAAAGUGUACGAGUUAAAUGGAUCGCGAAAAACUUGAAAUUUUUUACUUGAAUAUUAUAUAUUUUUAAUGUAAGUACAAUUGUAUGUAAAAAUUAUUAUAAGUUAUAACAAAUUCAGCAUGAGCCAGGUUGCCAAUAAUAAAUAAAUAGCUACACAAAUAUCACUUGUUAAA